AUAUUCCCAGUGAUCCCCUCAGAGAAAGUUGUCUGGUCCCAGUAGAAAGGCAUUAUUAUUGCAAGAAAGAAAACGUCCCUGUACAUGAUCACCGUGAAUUCUCCUCCGUCCACGUGGCAGGCCUCGUUUUCCGUGGUUCCAGUACGGCUACAAAUUGCAGUGAGUAGUCACCCUCCAUGCUUCUUCUUCUUCUUCUCUGAUAACACGCACUAUUGGGUAGCAGCCAGUCCUCAUUCCUUCCAGUGAAGUGUGUGGUGUGGCCGAUGGCGACAGUGACUGCAUCCCACUUCGUUUCCCAUGUCUGCGGCGGCGCAAUUUCUCCAGAGACAAAAGUGAGCCUGGGUCAGCUCGCCCUGAGGAACAGUCAAGCUGGGAGUCACAAUGGGUUGAGAUCUGCGAACAAUUUACUGCUGAGAGCCAACCCCAUGGUGAAAUCCAAGAAGCUUGGCAGAAAUGGAAGGAGGAUUGAGGCUGCAAUGGCGUCGGUUCCCUCUGUGAGUGGACAAGGCAUGAACCUGGUCUUUGUGGGCUGUGAGGUGGGCCCUUGGUGCAAAACUGGUGGGCUUGGAGAUGUUCUUGGAGGACUGCCACCAGCCUUGGCUGCACGAGGGCAUAGGGUUAUGACGGUUUGUCCACGGUUCGACCAGUACAAAGAUGCUUGGGAUACUUGUGUGCUUGCCCAGGUACAAGUAGGAGACCGAACUGAAACCGUUCGUUUCUUCCAUUGCUACAAGCGUGGAGUCGACCGUGUUUUUGUGGAUCAUCCUAUGUUCCUUGAGAAGGUUUGGGGGAAAACUGGAUCAAAGCUCUAUGGCCCCAAAGCUGGAGAUGAUUACAAAGAUAACCAGCUUAGGUUCAGUUUACUGUGCCAGGCAGCACUUGAGGCACCUAGAGUGUUGAAUCUUAACUGCAACAAAUACUUCAGUGGACCUUAUGGUGAGGAUGUUGUUUUCAUCGCGAAUGAUUGGCACACUGCUCUCCUUCCGUGCUAUCUUAAAAGCAUGUACCAGUCGAAAGGAAUCUACAUGAAUGCCAAAGUUGUUUUCUGCAUUCACAACAUUGCCUACCAAGGCAGAUUUGCCUUUUCAGACUUUAAACUUCUGAAUCUUCCUGACACAUUCAAGGGCUCUUUUGAUUUCAUUGAUGGGUAUGACAAGCCGGUGAAGGGGAGAAAGAUAAACUGGAUGAAAGGUGCAAUACGUGAGGCAACCAGGGUUGUUACUGUGAGUCCGUACUACGCCAAGGAGCUUGUUUCCAAUGUUUCAAAGGGUGUAGAACUCGACAACCACAUUCGUGACUGUGGCAUUACUGGUAUUUGCAAUGGAAUGGAUACCCAAGAGUGGAACCCGGCAACUGACAAGCACAUUCGCCCCAAUUAUGACAUCACCACUGUUACGGAAGCAAAGCCCUUGGUGAAGGAAGCUCUUCAAGCAGCUGUCGGUUUGCCAGUUGACAGGAAUAUUCCAUUGAUUGGUUUUAUUGGGAGACUUGAAGAGCAGAAAGGCUCUGACAUUCUGUAUGCUGCAAUUCCAAAGUUCAUUUCUAAGAAUGUUCAGAUAGUGAUUCUUGGAACCGGAAAGAAGAAAUUCGAAGAGCAGAUUCAAAAGCUUGAAGUUAUGUAUCCAGACAAAGCUAUAGGAGUGGCAAAAUUCAGUGCCCCCUUGGCUCACAUGAUAACUGCUGGUGCUGACUUUAUGUUGAUCCCAAGUAGAUUUGAACCUUGUGGUCUCAUUCAGUUGCAUGCCAUGCGAUAUGGAACUCCAUGUAUCUGCGCCUCAACUGGUGGUCUUGUUGACACCGUGAAAGAAGGAUAUACAGGGUUCCACAUGGGAGCUUUCAAUGUCAAUUGUGAAACUGUUGACCCGGCAGACGUGCUUAAGGUGGUAACGACCGUUGUUAAAGCACUCGCUGUCUAUGGAACUCUUGCAUACGCCGAAAUGAUCAAAAACUGCAUGUCACAAGACCUCUCUUGGAAGGAACCGGCCAAGAACUGGGAAACAAUGCUGCUGAGCUUAGGCCUGGUUGGCAGCGAGGCUGGCAGCGAAGGGGAUGAAAUUGCACCCCUUGCCAAGGAAAACGUUGCGACCCCAUGAGAAAACGUUGCGACAUCAUUCCUGUGCUCGCGGCUUCCAUCAUUUUAAAAAAAAGCUCGAUUAAGCUAACAUUUCAAAGUAAAGAGCAGUGGGCAUAUUUGUUGCUUCUGGUAUUGUAGUGUUUUUUUAAGAGCAUUGUGAGGUGCUAGCAAAUUAAAAGAAGAAAACUAAUUAAUGGGGUGAUUAAAGAUAUUGGGAACUUGCAUUAAUCCAAGUGUGUGUAAUACUGUAAUAAUGUUAUUAAUAAAGCAUAUGCCCUUUU